CGUUGGCGAAACCAAAAUAAAACUUGGCCAACGUUGGCGUGGCCGUUUGAUUUUCCCUAUUCUUGCUGUUGAUUUAAGAGAACGAGAAAGUAAAGCGUUGUUUUCCGUCUACUACGUUCAGAGCUGACUGGAAUUGAGUAGGUAUGGAGGGAAACAUUCAGCUGAAUCACGUUUCAGACGACGUGGAUCUUCUUCUCAUCGACUUGGAUUUGGAUGUGGUUGGAGAAAGAGCCGACCAAGGAGAUGGGCAGUUUUCUAGGAACGUGCUCAGGAAGCAGCGAAACUGGGAGAGGCAGGUGGCAGCCAAAAAGAGUCGUCGAAAAGAAGAAAAAGAGCGCCGGAAAUUGAACCGACUCACUGAGAAAGGUGACAGUGUGGACAGUCCUCAGCUUUCCAAGCGAGUCAUAAAGGCAAUCGUGAAUGAGCGAUUAGCAGAAGCCCAGUCCACUGGUCCGAAACUUUGUGUUGACCUCAGCAUGACUGACUUCAUGUCUGAUAAGGAAGUGAGCAGACUGGCUGGCCAGAUUAGACGACUGUACGGGUCCAACAAGAAGGCACGCAGACCAUUCCACGUGUUCCUGACUGACCUGACUGAGGACAGUCGCAUUUACAGAGAGUGCAUACGGAUGAAUGAAGGCUUCCUCAACUACAAGCUGGACAUCCGGGAGGAAACUUGCUCGGACCUAUUCCCCACAAAAACCAUUGUCUACCUCACACCAGACGCUGAAGAAGCUCUGCAAACACUGGACCCAAACAAGGUGUAUGUUCUAGGCGGUCUCGUGGAUGAAAGUGUUCAGAAGACGCUGAGUCUGUCACGAGCUCGAGCGCUGUCUGUGCAGACAGCCAGGCUGCCCAUAGACGAAUUCAUGACCAAGAAAUCCAACGACAAGAACUUCCACUCAAAGAUCCUGGCCAUCAAUCAAGUGUUCGACAUCUUAUUGACAUUUGGUGAGACUGGCAGCUGGACGGAGGCCUUGCAAGCAUGGUUCCCCCCAGGGAAGGGCUAUGUUGUCACAUCCGGGUGCAUAGAUGAAGAUACUUCAAGUUUCCAUUUGAGCAAUAGUUGAACCCAAAUGGCUUAAGUUAAAGUAAAUAAUGAUUCUUUGGAAUCUGUUUCAUGAUUACGUCUUUAUGUACCUUGAAUGUUUGUGUUUUCCGUGGGAUGUGCAUUUUAUUUCACUAACAGACAGCCAUCCUGUAAAUGGAAAUAUUUUUAGUACACACAGUUAAAACAAGACUAAUGGAAACAUUUGAAAAGUCAGUAUUCAGACGAAAAACUUGAUGAGUGUGAGCUCAGAUCAGUGCCAUUUAUAAUACUGUAAAUCACUAGCCAAACCACUGAAACACCUCUCACUUUAUGGUGAGACGUUUCAUGAGUCAUUUCUACUCAAAUAAAAUGAUUUUAGGCUAAGUUUGUAGUUUGUCUCUUCUUGGAAUCAGAAGAUAGCACUGUGUUACGUGCAUACAGGUGGCACUCUUGUGAGUAAGGAGACCGUACUGCCACGACCAUCAAGUUGUUGAAUGCGGUAAUGCUUGCACGGGUCCAUAGAGACACUCGUCUGCAAUCAUAUAAACGACAACAAAAACAAGGUUUGUGCUUUUUCUUUGAAUUAUCUUUAAUUAUAUUUCAGCACUGUAGCAUUUGAUUAGGUGAGCAUUUCAGUGUUGUGCAGCUGCAUUUAUAAAGAAAAUACAAAUAAAGACAACAGAUGUUUUUAACUAUGAUCAAGUUCAAAUGAUAAUAUCCUCUUCUGUCUAUCAACACAAAUGACACUCAAAUACACCAUCUUCACAACAUUGCCCUACUUCAUGAAAAGUGAAGUUGAUGUAUACGCAGUAGAAUGUGAGGGAUUGUUACAUCACUUUUGCUCUUUGGAAAUAAGUCAGCAGUUCGGAAGUUGAUGUUGCUGCAGCUGCAUUUUGCAUUUAAAAAAAAAAA